CGAGGAUCGUGAAAAACAACUUCUUGUCGGGGCGAAAAAGUGGCUAAGUCGCGAAAAACAAUCAGAAAAUCGCGUAGAAAAGUGUCAAGUGAGGGUUUUAGAAGCGUUUUGUGCUAGUAUCAUAUCGGGUUUCUAUCAGAAAACGGUGAAAAUUCGACAAACGACCAAUUAUCUUACAACUGACAUCCUGACAUGGCUGCCGAAUGAAACGGGCUGUUGACUGUAUGCGCAACAGGCUAAGAAUCGAACCAAAUUCACCCCGUAAAGUGUUACACCCUCUUCGCGAAAGUGUUUUUUCGAAUUGAGACUUUUUGGUGAAUAUUUUCUGUUUGGUGAUAUCGCCGAUAUUAGCUAGAGAGACGGUUGGUUGAACUAAGGAGUUUGCGACAAAUAAAAUAUUCUCAAGAAACUGGAAAACCGUCAAAAUUCGAAGACGAAAAAAAUACUGUAUCUCAAGCUUUUCCAAGAAUGUGAGGAUGACGGAGAAAUGUCCGAUUCAAACAUCUUUGUUUAUUCGAAUGUAGAAGAAGCUGAGAAAAGAGCUGGAGACGAUGACGGACCACGGUGCAGGCUGGUUCGGACGUUAAUUCCGACCACAUGGCUAACCAUGGAGGGCUUACGUCCCUGCCGCGUGCUAACCGUCCGCGGGCGCCUAUAAUGAAUAUUCCCCCGCUAACGGCUCCAUUGGCACCAUUACGGCCAGCGCCGCCUGUCACUCUCACCGUUCCAAGGCCCGAAAAUGAACGAUCCACCAACGAGUACGUGGAGACCCCCUUCAGGGUAUCGCCGCCACCGGCGACACCAUCACCGCCCCCUCAUCCCCCCAGGAGUCUGCAGAGGCCGAGAAAUCUGGUGCUGCCCACCAUCAGCAAGCAGCCAUCUUCUGCGACGGCCGCAGCAGCGGCGGCUGCCGCGGCGACCUUCAGCAAGGAGCCGCCUCCCGAGUGUGCGACGAGACCGUCAAUCAUGUGUCCGGAGUGCGGGAGGUGCAGGUGCGAAUCUUGCCAGCUACCUCGGGCUCUGCCCCAGAAGUGGGUGUGUAACAACUCGUGUCUUGUUUCCGCGGAUAGUGUCAUUGACUACGCUUCCUGCUUGUGUUGCGUCAAAGGAUUGUUUUACCACUGCAGCGAUACGGACGGUGGAGAAAGUUGUGCGGACGAUCCGUGUGGUUGCGGACCCGAUCGACGGACGGCUCGGUGGAGCUGUCUGGCCACCCUUUCAUGCGUUCUACCUUGCCUGUGGCUCUACUGGCCUCUUCGAGGCUGCAAAAGAGCGGUGGAAGCAUGUUAUGCUCGCCAUUCUAGGACUGGUUGUAGGUGCAGACCUCCCCUUCCCACCCCUGAGAAACGCUUACUUGACUCUACCUCGGAUUAUUAGUGCGCGAAAUAUUUUCACGACUGCCCAUGUGUACCUAUUUUAACUUUAUUACACUAUUAAUUUAUUUUUUUUGUAAAUAAGUGUAUUUUCUAACUGUUAUAACAUUGAUAUUCCGUGCUUCUCUGCUGAGUGCCCUCGAUGGAAAAGACGGUUUGGCAAAUUGAAGAACAAACAAGUAGCAAAACCACUAAAUUAACUAACCAUAUGUUAAAUUGAAUUUUAAAUAGCCAUAACUACAAAAAAUUGAUAUUAGGCACGUUUAUUGCAAGAAUCCUACUAUUUUUGGAGAUAUUCUACAAACUAUCCAAAGGAGACAUCUUAUGGAAUAUGUAAUGUCACUCAAAUCCAAUAAAAUUUACAUGAAUAGAUUUGUCUCUACAAUCAUUUCAUAUCAUUGCGCCAACUCUGAAUUUUGAUUAAAACGGCGUAAAUUGAUAUAAAUAAAUCUAAAAUCAAAUGGGUAUGUACGUGAGUUGGAGAGAGAAAAGCGAUUUUGUGAAUCGGCAGUUGAUAAAUCUUUCUACCGUUAUUAAGCCAGAGGCUUAAGUCGGAUUUAUAGUUUGACGUAGCGUAGACGUAGACGUAACGUAGACGCACUGGAAAAGAUCAACACCGAAUUUUGUGUACUUCUGUUUAUAAAUGAACGCAAGCGCCUGACGGAACAUAAGAGAAACGUAACAUAACGGAAGAGAUGACCAACUUUCAUCUUUUACAGUGCGUUUCUUACGUCUGGCCAAUCAAAAUUAAGAAUUUUGUUCUGUCACCCAAAGUGGACACGCCCUCAUCAAUUUUGUAAAGAUAAAGUUGUUUAUCAACAUAUUCGAAUUUUGUUAAUUAUUUGAAUACAAUGGAUGUUAAGUUAUUAAUUUAAUAAAAAUAUAUCAUAGAGUCAUUUCAAUAUUUCAGAUAAAUAUGAGUUGUUUAUUAGCCUAAUUCGGGGUUAUAUACACAUAUUAUACGAUAGGUAAAUCCAAUAAACAUUUUAAAGAUAAGAAAUGAAACAAAAUAGUUGGAAAUCCCACGGCAUGCGGCACCAAGGAGCAUAUCUUCGUUUAUUUCCUAAUCCAUGUAACACACAAAACAGAUAAAUAUUAUAAUAAUAAUAAAUAGUAGUAUAAGUAUAAAUAAAUAAACACAAAGUUUGUUUAUUACUGUUCGCAUAAUUUAUAGGCUAUGUUGUUGAAUUAGAAUUACGUCAUUGUUCAUUGUUUACUCUUUCUACUCAUGCGCAAAAAUUCCGCUACGUCGAACUAUAAAUUGACAUAAUAUUUUCUUACGUUUCCAGUCCGUUUCUUACGUCUCCGUUGCGUCUACGUCUACGCUACGUCAAACUAUAAAUCCAACUUUACUCUUAUCUUACAGAUAAUGAAGUAGGUAUAAUUUGGUCAGUCAUACCAAAGUACCUGUAAUCGGCUACCAGCUCACGCUGGGUUAAGUUGUUUUCAAAAGCGACUAGACUAAUAGUAUUUAUGAAUGACAAUUUUAUGGACUUCAUAUAUGUAAUUUCCAUUAAUUCCUGAUAUGAAAUGAUUGUAAUUUCGAGAAGAAUCUACUAAUGUCGAUUAUAUUGAAGUUGAUUGAUAUUGUUUUCCAUAAUAUGUGUCCUUUAAUCAAUAUAAUUCAAGUCCAAAUGUUUUACAUGCAAUAAUUAUUUCUGGAUUUUAAAUAAAUAAAGCUGAAGAUUAAUUAGCCAAAUAAAGGCCAAAAGUUAAAGGACUUAUUCAACGUUUAUAUUUCGAAAAUUUCAAAAUCAAAAAUAAAAUUUUUUAUUGAUAGGUGUAUUACAUUCAGUUCAGUUCUCUUUUGGCCUAUAUUCCGUUUCUAAAACUUUUGUUAGUCAAACAGUUUAGCAAUAAUUACAAUAUCAUUCUUAUUUAAAUAACUCUCGAAAGAUAUUUACAACCAUUAUUUUCUUGAUAUCUGCUUAACGGUCAUCUGGACAAUAAAUUUAUCGAUAUUUGACUAUUUUGUCAAUAAAGAUCCCACGCAUCAAGCUGUAAAUCGUUUUCAUCGAGAUUUUUGUUACUAUAUUGUUUGGAACAUCCUUUCUAUAUACAUACACAGGAAAAGUACCAUCUGUGACACGUGGGUGUUUCUGUGUAUCUACCCAAUAAUACGAUGUUGUGUUCAUCCUACAUAUUGAAAUAAAAUUUUUAAUAGGAGAAUUUAAUAUAAAUCAGAUACAGAAAUGCUUGGUGUGGUCAUAAAGAUAUAUUACGUAGUUUAGAGGAUGUUCAUUGAGAGAAUGAAUGUCUCUUACAUGAUGUCCCUUCUCAAUCACUCUAAAUCAUAGGCCUAAUAAACAAUAAAGGGAUUAAUAAAAAUAAAUUGUACUGACAUACGUUCUAAAAUGAAUAAAAAGAAAGAACAACUUGAUAGAAUGGAAAAAAAUAUACAAUUGAUCAAAUAAAAGAAAUGCGUCAUCAAAAUGAAAUUUGAAUGAAUUUUUUCUCUUCCUAUAAUAAAUGUACUUCUAUUUUAGAAAUCUUGUCCCCUGUUUCAUUAAGAGGGAAUAUGGUUUGAAAAAUUUAAAAUUCUCGCUGUUUUUUAAAUUUAAAUAAAAGUACGUAACUUCAAGAAUACUCUCCGAAAAUUUCAUACUUAUCGGAGCAAAAUUACCGGAAAUACACACAGCCUCCUACAAUUACUAUGGAGGCUGUGGAAAUACAACAUAAUAUCUCCACCUUCCACUCACUUUGCUGCAGCUUUGCGCCAGCGCGCUUGAGCUUGAAAAGCGUGAAAAACGUUAAACAGCUGUUGAAUUUCCACCUCUUCCCCUUCUCCUUCUCUCUCGUAAAUUACUCCGUGAUUCAAAAACAUUCCGGUUUGCAUCACUUUACGAUUUAACAGACAAAAAGAAAUUAAAAAUAAAAGUUAAAAACUUAAAACACGUUUUUCUCAAAACUGCUUUUUACAGAGGCAGUGGACAUUUUAACUCAAAAACUACUUGACCGAUUUUUUGUUUUAUCCUUAUUUUUUGCUUAACAAUAAUAAAUAUUAAUAAUAAAUAAACAAUAACAAUAAUAAUAACAAUAAUAAAUUCACCCUUUUUUACAAAAAAUUUCGUUAUUUUAACUUCUAGUAAUACCAAAAACUCAAAAAUCAUUAAAACUAAAAAAAAACUCGACAACAUUACCUCGAGAAACUCAUAAGCUAAUAAAAUAUUUUUAAAUUUUUUGUUUCACAUGAUCCAAUGACGUCCACUGCAAAAUCCAUUUUUUUUGAGGUGUCUGUAAAAAUUUCCCACGUCUUAUUUUUCAAUAUUUUGCCUUGGUUUUUUUGAAUAUACUUUGAAUAAUUGUACUGAAUAUUUUUAUUUAAUUUAAAAAUAAUAAUAAUAAUUCUACCAUAGUUAAAAAAAUUCACAAAAAUGUGCUUGAAAUGUUGAUUUCAAACCAUACCCUCCCCUUAAUUACAAUUCCCCAAUUUUUAUAAGCAUCAAUUUUUUGGAUAUGACCACAAACUAAGCUAUGUCAUGUCUAUAAAACACGAUGUUUGACCAAUAUAAAUUGCUAUAUCCAGAAAGUAUUCCCAGCUGUAACGCUGUAGUGGUUUUUAUCCCACCAAAUAACAUCUAAAUUGCAGCUCAGAAAGGUAUUACAGUUGAGUCCAGUGUUCGUUACCCGUGCGUCAUCAUUUAAAGCAUACGAAAUAAGUCGAAAAUAUACUAAACGCAACAGUAAGUGACAGAAAGUGGCUAUUGCUCCGAUCACGGGUUAUACAUAUAUGAAGUAGCUUAAUAAAUUCUUUUAAUAUCAUCGAUUAAUAAGUAAAUAAACAAUUUAUAAAAAAAUUAAAUAACACAUUUUAUUCGCUUUGGCGGUUAGCUUUACAUGAUGUAAAAAUUAAUGGCAAAAUAAAAUGCGCUUACCAUAAAAUUUUAAACUCCAAUAUAAAAUUAGUUAUGAAAACAACUGUUUGUGUACUAUCAAAAACUUCAAAAUGCAAAAAUUCGACAAAAUAACAGCAAAAAAUUCAACAGACUGACAGCCACAAAAGUAAACAAACCAGAAAUGUCACAAACUGUACUUAAAAUCUGAAAACAUCCCCAAGCAUCUUUUUUUGUACCUAUCUCUUUUCAAUGUACUGAGUCUAGAGCGUUCAUAAAAAUAUCAUGUGCUUUUACUUAAUAACAAGCGGUAGCUAGUUUGUCAUUAGUUUCAUCCGUGGAAGAUAAUGAUGUUAGAUAAAAAGUAUGUGUUUUAUCUCGCCAGGUAUUAAUGACGCACGGGUAAAGAAUCGUGGACUCAACUGUACAAAUGGUUCCAAUUAGUCUGGAAUGCGAGGAAUCGAAAAUGGAUGCUAAUUUCAAGGACCCGAUGUUAGACGCUAGUUUUAAAUUAUACGGAAAAUGUGGGCCGAUCCACGUCAGAAUAUUGUUGGUUAUAUAAACAAGUGGGAGGAUACUCUUCUCCAAAAAUGAUAUCUCUAGUGUACUAUUCAGUGUGUGGGUAUGAUUUAUAUCUCAAAAAAUGAAUGAAUAUAAGAAUAAUCAUAUGUAUUUCCGUACAUUUCUUGUAAAAAGGAAAUUAGUGGUUCGUAGAAAGAAAACAUUAAUGUUUUCCUUUUUGGUGACUUGUAAAUUUUGACAAUCAACAUUUAAAUUGAAGUAAUUUUGUUGUAACACAUAAAACGUUUUAAGUUACUGUACCGUUCCGUUCUUCAAACGAUUCAUUUCAGUGUAUCAAUUACUGAACCGAUAUUUUUUAAGGGAUCCGAACUGAAUCAUUUUUAUGCAUUGAAACUUAUAAUACUAAAAACUAAAAUAUAUUUUGCUGCUUGUUUACUUCUUCGAUUUUUCAUGGUACUUUUGGCCUGAGACGUGGGACUUGGGAAUCACGAUAUUCUCACAAAAGGAAAAAAGAGAUGGCCGGGCACCAGUAAACCACCGCGGGUCUCCAGUAUUAUCUAGUCCAGAAUUGAGGUAGUCACUUAAAUUGGUCUUGGGUUAAAAUUACUUUGAUGAUUGCGCCUCAGGUAUCCCAACAUUGUAAACGAUUUUUCGAAACAAAAGCAUUUUGUUGUUGUUUUUUAUACAUUGAUGAGUGCACUAAAAACCGACAAAAUAACGCAAAAGAUGGAAGACAAUACGUUGUGCAAUAAAAAGAGAUGAAACUAGUAGAAGUGGGAAAUUAUAGUUAGCAACAAAUAAAUAUAUAUUAUAUUGAUAAUUUCCCAGCUUUAGACGUAUUGGAGUCAAAAUGUCACAGGAGAAUUUUAUAAAAUUCUUCUGUUGCAGUGGCGGUGCCAAACUAAUUCGAUACGUCUAAAGGUGGGAAACUAUCAAUAUAAUAUAAAUUUAAUUAGUUUCUAUUGAACAUUUCCCACCUCUACUAGUAUCAUCCCUUUUUAUUUCACUAUCUAUUAUUUUUUAAGUCUUUUGCGUUAUUUUGCCGUUCUUAGUGAACCAUACGUUAAUUUGAAAUGGCCUUAGAUUACAGUUUGUUGAAACUACACUAUAAUUUUUUUUGUUUUUGACUGUUUAUUGUUGAUUGCCACCUUUUCAUUCUAUGAUUUUAAUUGACACUUUCAUUCGAGAUUAUUAGAUAUUAUAGAUUGUUUUCUAUAUAAUGAUGAAAAGUUACGUUGUUUUAAAACUGUAGUUUUCAAAGAUGUUCAUGUUGGAAACCCACUCAAGAAUUGUGUCAUUGUAAUGCUUAGGGAUAUCUUUGGCAAUGAAAACAUAUUUCAAAAGGUCUUUUGGUCACCUAGUAGACCUUUCCUCACUUCGAUCUGGCAUAUCUUUCGUGUAAACGCUACAUCUAUAUCUAGUUCAACAAAUUUAGGCUUUAAGAAAACCUAUUAUAUCUUUAGGAGAUAUUUUUUUCUGAUUAGCUUUCAAAAAAUUGUUAGUUAGUCAGUUGGCGAACAAUUGCUCUGGAAUUGGAGACAAUAUAUUCGGACAUUUCUCUGCAUUUUCGCAGAAUCUGAAUUUGGCUCUCUCCGCUUUAUUCAUUUUACAGAUAUGAUUUCUGAGUGAGCAAUGUUCAUUGACAACACAUGUGAUUACUUCAUUUGAUCUAAAGUUUUUUGAAGCUUUAAACGUAUUUUUAUGUAGCGUGCAAAAGAUUGUAAUAACCUCCUGACUUCUCUGUCAUAUAGAGGCCGUUAGUAGCGUACUCCAGCAAGACUGUAACGGCCAAAUAGUUGAGAGCAUUUUAUUUGAGUUCAACCUACCACAAGUGUUCCUGAUGAGAGCUGAAUAGCUCGAAACACGCGUAGAACAAUGGUGGAGCUUGAACUGAAAAAAAAUGCAAUAUCUACUUUGAUUGUAAUCACUUUUUUGCUCGAUACCACAGAAUGAACGACUAAUAGCAAUAUCUUUGCCAGCAAUUCGUUUAUGUCGUGGCAUCCACAUAACAAAGUUACUUUGUUGUGGUUCCCUAGUUGCUUAAGAUACUGUUUGCAGUUUUAAUCUAUUUUUCAGCCAUAUCUUUUAAUAAAUUUCACCUGUUCCAACUUUUAAAAAAAACCAGAAUUUCGGUCAAGUCUACAGGUUUAGGUUAAAGAAAGACAGUAUCCAAAGUGAUCCUUCAAAACAUGUAGGUACCUAUAUGUAGAGGGAGAGUGUCUAACAGCAUUAGAUGAUUCUUGCUUUCGUUCAUACAAAUAUUUUUAAAAGACUAAGUUUUUAAUCUAAUAGCACAUAAAACAACACCAAAAAUAUUACUCUACAUCCCACCAGAUUGAAAACUGUGGGAACCUUCUCUGGUUACACCUCCGAGGCUUCUAAAAUUUUCAAGCCAUAAAGUUUUCCAAUCUGGUGGGAUGUAGAGUCAUAUUUUUGGUGUUGUUUUAUGUGCUAUUAUGUUGAAAACUUAGUCUUUUGCUAGCAGUUGUCGCUAGGGCAUCCCUGCCAUUUUGUUCGUUGCAAUUCGUAACUGCACGCCGGGGUUUGUCCUGGUUGGGUCAGAGAGAGCAGCAUACGUGCCUCCUGAUGAGAGACUAAUAAGUUUCGAAACCGGUAGAGGUGCUUGCUGCACUCUCUGAUUGAACUAGAAUAUGAUGCGGCUGUAGUUUCGUAUUGCAACGAAAUUGAAAAUGGAUAUUCAUUUUUGACAAUAUUUUUCUUUAAUUCUUCGUCUCAGAUUUACCUUCUAUUUAAUAUAAAUAAAUAAAUACAAACGUUGCAACUGACUAAUUUUUUAAAUAUAGUCACCAGAUGUCUAAUGAUUGCUUAUAUUUGUCAUAUUUAACAGCAGAUCUUUCAAAAAUAUAACAAUUACGUGAUACAAUAUCUAGAAAAAUCCUUUAUACCAAUUAAUAAGAUUUGUUACGUCAAACGCAAAAUGUAGAUCAUUUCCACGAACUGUAAUCUUGCCAUAAUAUAUCACAGCCACUAGUAAAACAGGAAGUGUUAUCAGGAGAUUGCUUGAAAUUAGUAGAACAAAAAUGGCUAGGAAAACUUUGGUAGUUUUACAAUGUAUGAGAUAUCUUAGGUGUUCAUAUCAAAAUUUUCAGUUAUUGUGGUGCUUAUUGGGCUUUCCUUAGUAAUAUGAUACUUUUUACACUAAACCUAUCUUUUAAUUUAUUAAUUGAACUUCUUCGAACUUUCACAAAAACUAUUAACUUCAAUAAAUCGGGGGAAAAGAAAGGCCAACUCUUCAUCACCAAGUUUCUAGGAUGUGUAGUAAAACCCAGAGAAGAGUAGAAACGUAUCCACUGUUCUGAAUAUUUACAAAAUUUUGAACCUAAAUAAACUGCGUAACCACGAUGACCCUAAGAGGAGGGGGUUACAACUACUGGAGGGUCGCUGAGGUGUAUGGAAUAGUAGUGGUGUUAAGCAUAUAGGGCUCAAAGUAAAUCCCAAUGGGGGGUUACAACCCCAAACCCCCCCUGGUUACUCCUAUGGAAUCUGGAAGGGCUGCAAAAUACGCUUCCACAGCUGUUAUGACCUCAGCAUUUUAUGAAAAACGCUUUCCACGCAUAAAUUUUAGAAUUUUAGGUAUUAAAAAAUUAUUAAAUUAAAUAAUUAUUAAAAAAAGUCGCUAGUUGUCAAAUCUGGUAAAUACCGUGGAUUUAUAGCUUAAUAUUAUCUAAUAUGAAACGAUAAACUAGAGUAUCAUGUUCGAAUUGGAAGGCCCUAAGCACUUGGGCACUGUAUUGUGCUCAUCAUUUUGAGACUGUCGGAAAGACCAAUUUGAGGUGACUGGUAGAAUGAGAGGAAGAAUGAUUCUUGAAAAAAUGUGUAUGCAUGUUGUAUCUGUCUUUGGAAUUAUUUCUGCAUAUAUUUUAAAAAUUAUUUAUUUUUGUUAUACAGAUUUUUACUUAGGAUGAAUUGCAGGGUGCUCAGAGCAUUGUCGAACGAGUACUGAGGGAUAUGACGAAAUCUUCCACCGAAUGUUUCUCAUAUGGGGGGUCCUUUUUCGGCACAAACUGAUAUGUUUGAUAUAAGCCAACAGAAAAAACACAGCUGCUAUAAAAUUACUAAAUAUUGUUUUUUCUUUAAGCAGGACCUUUUUCUGUUCCAAAAUUUCACAUCCAUAUUAGCAUAAUAAUGAAGUGACACAACUCAAAAUUUUAAAUAUUCGGCUCAGUUUAGUAGAGACGUAAUCGUGAAUAUCAAAAAGAUUUUUGCGUUUUCUGCAAAAUCAUAUUUUUUAAGUUGUGCCAAUUUAUUUUACAUAAUAAUUAAGUGACAUAACUCAAAAUUUUAAAUAUCCGGCACAGGUUAGUAGAGACAUAAUCUUGAACAUCAAAAGGUUUUUGCGUUUUCUGCAAAAUCACAUUUUUUGAGUUGUGCCAAUUUAUUUUGUAUAAUAAUAAAGUGGCACAACUCAAAAUGCUUAAUAAUCUGGUCAGUUUAGUACAGACAUAAUCGUAAAUAUCAAAAAGUUUUUUUAAAGGUGCAAUUUGUCAAAUUUAUUGUUACUCAUUGCUGAUAUAAUCAUCUGGUGGCUUACUUUAUGUGAACGUAUUGCAGUUCGUCUCGAAAAAGGACCCGAUGUACACUGAAUAGCUGGUUUGCCGUACCUACCUAUUUUUUACUAUACACUGUAUAAUUCCAAAGACAUUCUGGUUAGCAUUUUUUGUAUAAAAUCUGUUAGUAUGCUAUUUACGUGUACAACUUACAAAACUUAACAAAGCGAAUUAUCUACUAUAUCGCAUUAAUAUAGACGAAGAUCACAUUGACAUUUAUUGAGGUUUUAAUAUAUUUACGAAUAAAAUGAAGCAAGACACGGACAAUUUGGUUUUAUCCUAUUCACAAAAUUUUUGGCUCGUCCUUUGUGAUAAAAACGGAAAUUUUAAUUUUUUGCACCAUGUUUCAAAGAUUUGUACAAUUUUAUACUUUUUUAACAAUAACAUUAUUUGUAUUAAUAUUUCAUUUUAUAAUAAAACUCUUCAAGUUGAAUCAAGCUUCAUAUUAAAUAGUAUAAUACUGUUCCAUCUGGUUAUUUGCUUUUUAAAUGAUCAUAACACCCGUGCUAACUUAUGCUUUGUGCCAGAGUAUAGAACAGUACCUUGUCAAAAGCUUGUAUGUAUAUCAAUAUAUUCCGCUGAACGUAUAAGUACAUACCAACAUUAUUUUUUUCUGACAAGCAGUGAUUAAAUUUGCCUGUGCAUGUGCCUUGAAAGUUUAUUGUAAAAUUGGAAUGAAACAUGACAUUGUCAAGUGCCUUUCCGUAUUAAUAAAUACAGCUAGAUGAAUUAACAAUGUCAUUUAGUUCGGAUAGCUAACUAGGAAAUUGGCUUAAAUCAAGUUAUGGAACAUUAUAAGAAUGUUUUAAAAAAAUUUCUAUAGAUCAGAGCCUUGUCAAGAUUGUUCUGUUCUGUAUCUGUUCACAGAAUGGUUCUGGGCCUACAAUGGUUUCUCUCGAGCCUUGUUUUGCCAACAUAUCUGCUCGUUCAUUCCCGUGCACCCCUUCAUGACCCGGGUCACAUGUUAAAGACACUUUAUUAUCUUUUGCUAGGUUGUUGAGGAGAUCUUAGCAUUUCUUCACUAGUUUUUUUAAUUCGGUGAGGAAUUUUUCAUUAAUUCAUUCCGUCAUUAUAAAUCUUCACAUUGUUUCUUUGAGCAGUAUUCGUUUUUCCGAUUGGUAGGUUGCUAACCUUGCCAACUAACUAAAAAAGGAUAGCAAAUGGGAGAAAAUCAACUUAAAAUAAUCUGCUAUGCAGACGAUGCAAUACUAAUCUCUCAAAGUGAAGAUGAUUUACAACGUAUGCUGCACCAAUUUAACAUAAUCUCCAGAAAAUUUAACAUGUUAAUUUCCUCAAAAAAGACAAAAUGCGUGGUUAUAACAGCAGACCCAAUAAGAUGUAAAUUGGAGCUGGAAGGUCAGAUAAUAGAACAAGUGAUGGAGUUUAAAUACCUAGGCAUCACACUAUCUAGCUACGGAAGGCUCGAAACAGAAGUGGAAGAUCAAGUGAAUAGAGCCAACAGAGCCGCAGGUUGCCUGAAUGACACAAUAUGGAGAAAUAAAAAUAUCGGAAAAGAAAUGAAAGACAGAAUUUACAAAACAGUCAUCAGACCAAUAAUGAAAUACGCAGCAGAACCACGACUCGACACAGAGAGGACAAAAAGAUUGCUCGAAACAGCUGAGAUGAAAACCCUUCGAAAAAUCGAUGGUAAGACUCUAAGGCCGAUGCCGCACUGCAGGAAGUUUGGUAGGAUGGUGGAUGGUAGAUACCUGUCUGGCGACCAUCCAGCUACUUAUACCACGAAUAACAAAAUGACGGUAGCCGCAGUGGCCUCCCGCUACCAUCUAACCAUCCGGUGGUCCGCCAGGCGUCUAUCCACCCAAAUCAGUCGUGUUUGAUAUUCCAUCCGGGUAGCCUGGCUAUCGAGGAAAACGUAAUAAGUGCUAUGUAUAAAAAAGGGCAAUUUGGGACCCAGCAAACCCACAAUGUGACGAAACAUGGCUUAGCAUAUCUGUCUUAUUUAUUCUCUGCAGUUACAUUAAAAAAAUCCAAUAUUCAAGUCGGUGAAUUUAAAGAACAAUUUGUACCUUUAAAUCGAGUUUUCGCCACUUUCUGAAAAGUCUAGUUAGUGAGUUUUACCUCUAAUAGGACGAUAUGCUAAAAAACAAACCAAAUGUAACGUAACAAAUGAAACAAACGAUUCCUCAGCAGUCAGUUAGAUUCUGACUUCAUUUCACUCUAGCUUUCACUGCGUCCAGGAUGCAGCGACCCUCCACCAUCCACCUUUAAAAUUCACCCUCCAAGCCACCAUCUAGCAUCCUGCAGUGCGGCAUCGGCUUAUGGGACAGAGCUAGAAGUACAUAUACGACGGGGAUGCAAGGUGGAUAACAUUAAUAACUGGGUAAGAAACAGAAGAAUAGAAUGGAAUGACCACAUAACCGAAUGACAGCAAAUAGAGUAGUCAGGACAGCGAGAGACAAUUCCCCAAUACGAAGACGAUCAAUGGGAAGAACACGAAAACGAUGGAACGAGACCUUACUAGAGGCACAUUGAAAAAACAGACAGUCAUGUCUAUACAAAAAGAAGAAGAUUAUAAAUCUUGUAAACGACCUUGUAUAAAAAAAGUUCUAUAUUAUAAUCGUCCACAAACAACAUCAGUAAAGUUAUGACAGCUCGCCUGCGAUAUAUCUCAAAAAAGAUUUCGACAACGUCUGUUUAAUUUCUAGUGCUCUCGGUGUGUUGUUGAAAACGGUUUAUCGGCAUCAAAAAUAUAAAUGUUCACUCGAUAGACGGCCAAUAAGUAAAACAGCUUAAUCUAAUCAAAGUUAAUUAAAAAUUAUUUGCUCAGGAUAUUCGAAAAGCCGAUAUUUUUAUCAUAGUCUGUGGAGUCAACGAGUAAAUAAGGUUGGUUUGUUGACGAACAAAAAUAAAAUUUUUAUUUCAUUUAGAUUGGGAUACUAAACACAGUUCUUUACACCUCAACGAAGAGCGGAGAUAUCUAAUAUAGAAAUAAUUAUUUAAAGAAAGAAAAUGGCUGUAGGUUUAAUAAUAUAAGAUAAUAAAUUGAUACAUUCGCACCAGAAAUUAAUCCUGAAUGAGUAAAUAUUACCAAAAUCUGUAAGAACUAGUAAAACAGUGUAACUACCAUCUGAUGCGACAGAAGCAUUUGGUACAGUACUACUUAUGUUUGCAGAAUCCUUCGCAAAGUAAGAGAGCUCAAAUAUUUCCUAUUAAAAAAAUACUGAGGCUAGCAUAAGUAUUUGGUGAAAAAUACCAAACCAAAUUAAUAGCCUUCACUAAUAAGAGGAAGCUUAUUGGACUGUGUGAGCUAAAAUUAUUUGGGGAGGAACUCAAAAGGACCAAUGAGGUAAGUAUCUAGAGGUUUCCCCCGGUUUCCAAACUCAAUUGGAGCACUCAUCUUAACAAUAUAACAAACAGGGCUGCAAUAACAAUACAACCAACAGGGCUACGCAGCUCUCCUGACACUGCAGACGAGUUGUAGUAAAACCUGGGGGGUUCAAACCAAUGGUAAUCUGAUAUACACAUCAGUGUUAUGUUGAAAAAGGCAACCGCAUUGCUGACCAGCUAGCUAGGAAGGCAGCAGGCAUAACACUCUUAGGACCCGGUGAUCUUUUUGGCUGGUCAACUGCAACGAUCCCGGAAAUUGCCAAAUGUCAUUACCACACGCAAACCGUGAAAAGAUGGAAAGAAGGAUCAGGAUGUUACGUGCCAAGGUAACGCUAAGGAACCUUGGGAAGUCAGCAUCAGAAAAGUACUUGAGAAUGACCAAGAAAAACCUACGCUUGACAGUUGGUUUUUUAACUGGCCAUUGUCAACUAAGAAAACACCUCCACACACUGGGACUAGUAGACACACCUCUGUGCUAUGUCAUCUCUCUCCAAUGGAGAGAGCCUUGGUCUCCUCUAAACUGUCUCUAACAUUGCCAACUUCGCGCCAUUCUAUUUCAAGUUGACACGUCUGCAAAUUUUGCUUGUCCGCUGCCACUUCCUCCUCUCACCUUCUCCGUGGUCUUCAUUUUGUUCUUGCGCCAUGCAUUUUACUAUCUAGGACUCUUAGCAAUCUGCUGGCCUUAAUUUUGACUACAUCACCACCUCAUCAAGUGUGAUAUGGUCAAGAGUAUUCCUGAAGAAGUUGUCCAAGAGUUUGUGGUAAGAAGGACCGAUUGCAUCAUCCUUAAGACUUAAGAUCUACAAAUUUUGUGACUUAGAGGAAAAGAUCUAUGCUUACUUUAAUAUUUUAAGAUGAUUUUUAUCUUUGCAUUUUUUAUUUUUGUUUGUUGCUCUUGCUACGUUCUGGUUCCACAAAUCUCUUUCGAAUAUCGACGGAAGAAUCUUAAAUCCUGUGGGUAGGCCUUGAAUUCCUAGAAAUGGAUUAAAAGUUACUGGUAGGAAUGACAAUCCUUAGAUUUCAUUAUCAAUAAGACUUAAAGGGCAGCCAAAAUCCGAAAAUUGAAUUUUUUAAGUUUUUUUGGGUUAUUAUUGAAAAUUAUUCUCUGAAAUCUUCUCUUUUUAGUGAUAUAUAACACAUUAUAGUAGAAAAUAUCAAUGGCUACAAAAUUAGGUUUUUGAACAUCCGCACUCAACUUAGCGUGUACCGGUCAACGGCAAAACCAGGAUGAUCCAAAGGGGGGGUUAAAACUCCUGGAGGGUCUCUGGGGGUAUGGAUUAAGCUCAAAGUACUGCCCAAUGGGGAGUUAUAACCCCCAAAAGCCUUCUUGGUUACGCCACUGGUACCGGUAGCUUUCUUUAUAGCCUAUUAGAGUAGUGUUUUAUAUUUUCGCAAUUUCCCGAAUACUAGGUUUUUUAAAUUUCGAUGUCAAAUAUCUCUGGAUCAUUAGAUGAUAGAAGGUCCAAAAGAGUAUUUUCAAAAAUUUAAAAUAAAUGUUACCUUCACUGUAACUUUACAAAAAUCUACGCGGGACUAAACAAUACAUCUAGUUUCAAAAUAAAACAAAAAUUAGGUCUCCAAGUACAUACUUUGGUUAUAGAGCAUUGUGACAUAAUGUUAACAUUGUCGUUAAAUGGGACGUCAUCUCAUAAAUAUAGCUUUAUAAAUAUUGAUCCAGAACGCUAGCUCAGACUACUAUGAAUGAAGAUCUAAAUCUCUGCGAAACCAUUUGAUCACUGUAGUGUCAAGAUGAUAAUAAUGUUAUUUACAAAUAUCCUUUGGAUAUUUAAUUUCACUCAACUGUAUUUCAAUGCAAUCAUAAAUUAAUUUUAAGUCAACUUAAAUUCAGUUAAAUAAACACAUUUUACUGACAGUUUGAGCCUACCUCAUUCCAGAUUGUACUUUCUAAAUGAAAAAAAUUACAAGAAAUUUAAUAUUGUAUCAACCGAUGUACUGUACUAGGUUAGCGUUAGUAUCUUUGGUAACUUUAGUUGUUUCUCCUUGUAUGGAAUUACAUGCGUGUCUUGUGGUGUGAUAAGAAACCGUUGAUAAACUUCCCUUGUCAAUGUGAUCUUUCAUAAACGCAAUCUGAGAAUUUUUAAAUAAACUUACAGUUAUAUGAAAUUAUCGUCCAACGAUCUUGAUUUUUGUAAAAUAAUCUUUGGUGUAUUUACUGUCACUUUGAAUAAGGCGAGCGUUUGUAUACAGAGAUAUACAGUGGGAAUGAUGUUUUUUUUAUCGAUCAGGUAUUUAAGUUUUUUUUUAUCAAAAUAGAAGUUUUAUAACCAAGUUUUUUUGUCUCUAAGAUCGGUUAGUGUGUUUUUUAUUAUGAAAUGUUAAUUUUAUUGAAUAUAUUAUAAUUGCAGAUAAAAAGAGAUACUAGAAUAAAUAAAAAUAGUGUUUUAAUCAAGCCACUGAAAAUACUGUCUUUGGAACAAGAACAGAUAACAAUCUUCAUUGAUGAUCACUUGAUGUACAGAUAUAAUUUGAAAAUAAUUAAAAAACUAUCUUGUUAAUCUUAAGAAUCUACUUCUUGUCUGUAUUUCUUGAUUUAAUUGAUUUAAAUUUAGUUUAAAUUUUCUUCCACAUUUGUUCGUUUAUUAAAUAAUUAAAUAUGACAAUAUUCCCACUGUAUACUAGAAAUAAUUGAUUGUAACACCAUAUUUUACUGUAUUUUAAAUAUCUUUUAAAGUCCAAAACGCAAAAGAAUUUGCAAAAAUACGCAAGAUGUUACCGAAAUGUGACAAAUUUAGGAUAAACAAAAUUUUUUCGUACUGGAAACUGAUCAACCACUUUGCGUAUCUUUACAAAUUUGAUAUGCAGGGUGUAACAAAAAGGUAGGUCGUAAAUUAAAUCACACAUUCUGGGACCAAAAAAAUAUCGAUUGAACAUAACUUACCUUAGUAAAAAUGUGCACACAAAAAAUUCCUUUGAAGAUAUUGGAAAAACAGCCCUUUAAAGAUAUUGGAAAAACUCUAUUUUCAUUUUGUAACUUCAAAGGGUUGCAACUUUUUUUAUGUGCACAUUUUUACUAAAGUAAGUUAGGUUCAAUCGAACUAUUUUUGGUCCCAGAAUAUGUGAUUUAAUUGAUGACCUACCCUUUUGUUACACCCUGUAUAAUAGAAGAAACUACCCAUAGAUUGCGCUUAUUUUUGUAAGUAGACGUAGACUACGGUUUACAGUGAUGAAAACACAAUUUAAGCAUUAAAUGCCAAGACCUUUCGUCAUUGUAAAUUAAAAAUAUGGUUACAGGGUGGCUCUCGAAACAUAAAACUCAGUUCGUCUUCCAUUUCAAGCGCCGCAGGUUAUCCAGAAAUUUGCGAGGUUUCGAUGGCCACCCUGUAAGGAGGAGGGCAGUACUCUCACAAUAAUGAGUGCCAAACGGCGCGAAGCUAUAUAGAAAUUGUAUACAUGUACAUAUGAAACUGUAAUAUUCUCUAAUGUUAAUAACAGAGAAAACAAAUUGA